GUCGUCACGGUUCAGUUUCCUGUCGCUUCAUCUUGAACUGAAACACAACACCUUUUAACAUAAUGGUCGCGUCCGUUUAAUAGCGAGUUAUUUUGUUUCGCGUGUUAUAAAUGAAUUCCUGGUCUAAUACUAGCGAGUAACCCUGAGAAUAAUGGAUAUUUCCACUCCACCAGAAGAUCAAGAGCUGCGUAAUGUCAUUGAUAAACUGGCUCAGUUUGUGGCCCGAAACGGCCCCGAGUUUGAGAAGAUGACCAUGGAGAAGCAGAAGGACAACCCCAAGUUCUCCUUUCUGUUCGGAGGGGACUAUUUCGGCUACUACAGAUACAAACUGGCCAUCGAACAGCAGCAGCAUUCUGGCUCUCAUGAUGAUGAAUAUAAAAUGGAAGCAGUGCUCAGUAAACCUCCGGGUAAAGAGGUCACAGAUGUUCCUGUGCCGAUGACGAUGCUCCCGCCGCCGUCCACGCCGUCUGUGGAGGAGCUGAUCCAGCAGAGCCAGUGGAACCUACAGCAGCAGGAGCAACACCUGCUCAGCCUCAGACAGGAGCAAGUGACGGCAGCCAUCUCUUUGGCGAUGGAGCAGCAGAUGCAGAAGCUGCUGGUGGAGACACAGCUGGACAUGAACGAGUUUGAUAACCUGCUGCAGCCCAUCAUAGACACCUGCACCAAAGAUGCCAUAUCGGCUGGAAAGAACUGGAUGUUCAGUAAUGCUAAAACCCCGCCGCACUGCGAGCUGAUGGCGUCGCAUCUCAGAAACCGCAUCAUUGCAGACGGGGCGCAAUUCGAGCUCCGCCUACAUCUCAUCUAUCUGACCAACGACGUCCUGCAUCACUGUCAGAGGAAAAAUCAGAAGGAUCUUUUGGCGGCUCUUCAGAAGGUCGUGGUUCCCAUUUACUGCACCAGUUUCCUGGAAGUAGAGGAAGACAAGCAGCAGAAAAUCACCCGCCUGCUGCUGCUCUGGGAGAAGAACAGUUACUUUGAUGACGUCACCAUUCAGCAGCUUCAGAGUCCAGCUCUGGGUCUGGGACAGUAUCAGGCGUCGCUCAUCACGGAGUACGCUCCGGUGGUGCAGCCCAUCCAGAUGGCCUUCCAGCAGCAGAUCCAGGCUCUGAAGACACAGCACGAGGAGUUCGUGAACAAUCUGAAGCAGCAGCAGACAGCAGCGGUAGCAGCAGCCACAGUCGCAGUCGGUCAGCUGACGCCUGCAGAUGCCGAUGUGAAGGCCCAAGCGCCCUUGACCUCUCAGCCUGCAGCAAAUCAGCAGUUUAGACUGAUUACUGAAGGAUCAUGUGACAAUGAAGACUGGAGUAAUGAUGCUGAAAUUUCAGAUCUAAAGCCUCCUCCAAUGGCCGGUCCUCCACCUGGUGAUUACGAAGGCGCUCCGAGCCGACCAUCAGACUCGAACCCGGCAUCAUCGUCUGACAUCCCCUCCUCUAAACAGGGCUGGUUCGAUCCGAAGCACAACCUGCCGGCGUGGAACCCACAACAACCUCCGCCAUUCAACCCAACCCAAGCACCGCCCCCCUGUCCACCUUGGAACAGCCACGAGGGCAUAUGGAAUGAGCAGCGGGACCCCAACUGGAGCGGCCCUCGGGAUGGGGGCCCCACAGGCCCCUGGAGCAGCCAGAACGAGCCGCCGCCCUCCUGGAGCGGUCAGUUUGACCAGCCGCCGUGGAACAGCCAGUCGGAUCAGCCGCCGCCGUGGGGCCAGAGGGAGCCUCCCUUCCGCAUGCAGCGUCCGCCGCAUUUCCGCGGGCCCUUCCCUCCUCAUCAGCAGCCGCCGCCGUUCAACCAGCCGCCACCACCACACAACUUCGGACGCUUCCCGCCACACUUCAUGCAGGACGAGUUUCCUCCGCGGCAUCCCUUCGAACCGCCGCCUUAUCCGCCGCACCCAUUCGACUACCCACAGGGAGACUUCCCAGGAGAGAUGGUUCCGCCUCCUCAUCACCACCCGAACCAGAGGAUUCCUCCUCCUGGGAUAUCUGAUCCUCCUCCGUGGGGUGGGAACCAGCAUCCUGAUUUCGGGCCGCCACCUCCUCACGGCUUUAAUGGUCAGGCGCCACACAUUCGUCGGCAGACUCCUUCUCACGUCAGUCAGGACGACCCCAGCCUGGUGCCCAACGUGCCCUACUUCGACCUUCCUGCAGGACUCAUGGCGCCACUCGUGAAGCUUGAAGAUCACGAUUACAAGCCUCUGGACCCCAAAGACAUCCGUCUGCCACCUCCGAUGCCCCCCAGUGAGCGUCUGCUGGCUGCGGUGGAGGCGUUUUACAGCCCGCCGUCCCAUGACAGACCCAGAAAUAGUGAGGGUUGGGAACAGAACGGUCUGUACGAGUUCUUCCGGGCCAAGAUGAGAGCGAGGCGGAAAAAGGAACAUGAAAAACGCAACAGCACCCGAGGGAGUCCAUCGCGCAGUCGGUCGCGCAGUCGUGGACGAUCCAUGUCACGCUCCAGCUCCAGGUCUUCCAAAUCCUCUCGCUCCAGAUCCCGCUCUCGCUCCUACUCCAGAUCUCGCUCCAGGAGCAGGAGUCACUCCAGAUCCAGGUCCCGAAGUCGCUCCCGCUCCAGAUCUCGCUCCAAGUCACGAUCUCCAGACAAGCGCGUUCAAGCUGCAAAAUCACGCAGUCCAACUCCACCCUCCACAUCUGGUUUGGGUUCAGUCCCUGCUGCUUUACCAGUCGACCUCAAGCUGGGCGAAGAAAACAAGGGCCAUCAGAUGCUCAUGAAGAUGGGCUGGAGCGGAUCAGGAGGUCUUGGUGCUAAAGAACAGGGCAUUCAAGACCCCAUCAAAGGAGGAGACAUCCGGGACAAGUGGGACCAGUAUAAAGGAGUGGGAGUCGCGCUGGAUGACCCGUACGUGAACUACAGGAAAAACAAAAGCUACAAUUUUGUUGCAAGGAUGAAAGCACGAGAAAAAGUAAGCAGAGACCCCCAGGAGCCCUCCAGCACCGAGUGAUCACACGUGGCCUGUUUUUUCUUUUUAACUGUAGAUGUCAUAAAGCUGUUUUUACAUUUGUUUGGAUGUUUUGCCUUACUUACCCUUGGCUCUUUUUUGUAGUAAAAUGCAUCAAAGCAUCAUAUUGUGUCAUUGCAAGCGCUUGCUUUGAAUUUUCUGAGACUCUGUACACGCAAAAUAAAGAUAUUUUAAAAAGG